GUGAGUAUGAAUUCGCUCCCUGUUAGAUCCAAAAUAUUGACUUCUUCCGUACUCUUCAGUCUAAACAACUCAAAAAAGAAUUAUUCCCAAGGAUUUAUCAGUUCUCGUUUAAUUUUUGAAUUUCAGAGACACAACCUUCCUUUAAAUACCUGGAUAUACUGUCACACUUACUAAAUGCCAGCAAUCAUUUCAUGACGAAGGAUCUAGAGAGUUCUUUAAUACCUUAAGAGCCCUGUGAAAAAACAAGUAGAGCAAGGACAUAAAAACGUUCCUUUCAAUAGUAGGUUAGCCAGAACUGCCAAGUCUCAUCACUGCUCUGUUAUCCUUUUUCAACGACCUCCUGGGAACAGUUGUAAAGGGGUUUUGUGGCGAUGGUGGUCUAGAUGGGUUAGCUGGGCAGGAAUGACAACUGCAACUAAAAAGACUUUUGGAUCAGUUGGUUGUGUACACAGUGCCGAUAAUCAUGAAGAUGUGAAAUUAUGUUCCAUUGAGGCUAAGGCUGCCAUAGCUGAAGUGGGGUUUGGUGUGAAAGAAAUAUGCUUAGCAUCCGAUUCUCUUCCAUUUACGGACACAUUAGCGUACUUGAAUCUAACUACAUUGGAGGGGGAGAAAAUGUGUGUUGAAAUUAGUGUCAAAGGAUUUUGUCCUGUUGGUUCGUCUUAUGAUGAAGUCAGAAAACAGUCAGUUGAUGAUUCCUAUUCUGAUAUACACUCUGUAGACUAUGGAGAUUAUUAUGAAACAAUCUACGCUCUGUUAUCUGUUCGAAGCCCAUUAUUUCGACAUGGCUUUUCAGAAAAGUUAAGUAAUCGACUCCAGGAAUUGAAUGAGAAACAGACCGAAACUACUACUUGUGAGGAUAGUAAACAAUACAUUAAGUUGUAAUUAAGGAAGUGGAUGCUUACAAUGAAACCAAACAAAGAAUUGCUAUUGUUCUGGAUUUGUGUGUUUUUCACGUCAUAUAUGUCAAAACGAAUUAAAUGUUGUGAAAUUUGCAACUUUUGGAAUUGUCUUAUGAAGAAUUAUUGUUUGCAUUUUAAUUGUAUAAUUAUUAUAAACUUAAAUUAUUAUAAUCUUAUAUUGCCCUAUUUACCAGCUUUCGUUUGUUGUAUAAAUUGUUGUUCUACUGUAUUGUUAAUUAAUUACUGACUUAUUACUUAGUUUUUCUGUCACUUUUGGCGUAAUUAUGCUCAUAUUGUAUUUCCCCAUUUAUAAAAAGAGGAAGAUAAUAAAGAAAAUUAAUGUGUAUGAAAUUUGCUAUUUAUGUUGGUGUGCUUUAUUGUAUGAACUUUGAGUCAUAUGGAUAACUGUAAAAUAUAGAGAUAAGUGCUAAA